AUGCUCUCCACACUUCGCCACACUUCGCGCGUGCGCGCGCACACGUCUCUACCCUCAGCCCUUCAUCUCGCCCGCACCGCCGCGACUGCGCCUGCUUCGACACAGAAACGCGCAGGCGACAUCUCAGACGCAUUCGCUUCGCUUAGUGGGAAGGAAUUCACGCCUCUUGAGCCGCGUUAUGCUACGUUGAAGAAGAACCUCAUCGCAGGGCAUGAGGACGCGAUUCGCGCGUCUUGGGAGCGCUUGUUGAAGGACCUACGUACCGAGAUCCCGCAUAUCGUCGAGCAGGGCAGCAAAAUCGUCCCCGAAGUGCAGUAUAAAGACAUUGUGAACGGAACCGUCAGCCACGAGUUCGUCGAUGAGCAUCGAAAACGGGGCGUCGCCGUUGUACGGGGCGUCGUAGAGGAGAAGGAGGCGCGCGGGUAUAAAGAUGAGAUUGAGGAGUACGUCAGGAAGAAUCCGCAUACGAAGGCCUUUCCUGCCGACAACCCUCAAGUUUUCGAGCUCUACUGGUCACGCCCGCAGAUGCGGGCGCGAACGCAUCCGGACUUGCUUAAUGCGCAGCGCUACUUGAUGUCGUUUUGGCACGCGGCAGACCCGAAUGCACGGAUUUCGAUGCAGCACCCCACGGCGUACGCGGACAGGCUGCGCAUCCGUCACCCGGGCGACGCCAGGUUCGCUUUGGGCCCGCACGUCGACGGCGGCUCGGUCGAGCGGUGGGAGCCGGACGGUUACGGGCGCGGCGGCGUGUACGACAAGAUCUUCGAGGGCCGGUGGGAGGAGUACGACCCGUGGGAGGCCGGCUCGCGGCUGCCGGUCGUGUCGGACAUGUACCAGGGCGUGGGCGCGUGCAGCAUGUUCCGCAUGUUCCAGGGCUGGCUGAGCAUGAGCGAGACGGGGCCCUUCGAGGGCACGCUGCUGGUCAACCCGCUGCUGUCGCGCGCCACGGCCUACAUGCUCCUCCGGCCGUUCUUCACGCCCACCAAGGGGCCCACGGACCCGGCGUCCGACGUCUUCGACCCCUCCUUCCUCGACCCGCGCAACUGGCGGCUCGAGCAGCCGCAGCCCAGCUCGUGGCUGCAGGGCGCCACGCCGGGCCAGGGCCAGGAGCUGCGCGCCGCGCUGCACCCGCACCUCGACCUCGCGCGCAGCAUGGUGCACGUCCCGCGCGUGCGGCCGGGCGACUACGUCUCGUGGCACUGCGACGGCAUCCACGCCGUCGACAGCCGCCACGCCGGCGCCGCCGACUCGUCCGUCCUGUACAUCCCCGCCUGCCCGCUCACCGAGGCCAACGCCGCGUACCUCGCCCGCCAGCGCGACUGCUGGACCCGCGGCGUGCCCAGCCCGGACUUUGGCGGCGGCGAGGGCGAGAGCCGCCACGUCGGCCGCCCGUCGGCCGAGCAGGUGGCGGAGAUGGCGGGGCGCGAGGGGAGGAGGGCUUGGGGGUUGGAGGCUUGGGACAGUACGGUUGAGGGGCUGCUGCCUGGCCAGCGCGCGGUGUUGGAUCGGGCGAAUGAGGUGUUGGGGUUUCAUGUGUAG